UCUGUUGAACCCUAGAAGUAAAUCCAACUGCUUCACGAGCUAUUGUGAACAAUUAAUAAUUACAAUUAUCCUAAACUGUGCUGACAAAAAUUAUAGGUAACCGGUGACAUUGUGAUACUUUACCAUUACUUGGCGUAUUCCGAGUCAACGUAAGCGGAUAGGUAAUUUGAAUAUCGAGUCAAUCGUAUGCCGACUUGGUCUGGAUUACGACGAGUGUACAUUUAGGUAUAUUCUCUGGUAUAAGUAUAACCGGCUCUCAUAGCUGAAUAAAAUUUGAAAAAACGACGUAAUGACGGUUGUGUCGAUGAUCAGACGAUUGUUCGUCCCCAGUCGCAAUGGGAGACGGGCAUUUUCUCGAAUCGCCUUCAUCGGAUUGGGUAAUAUGGGUGGCCACAUGGCGAGAAAUCUCGUAAAAAAGGGAUAUAAGUUGACGGCCUUCGACGUUAACGCGGCGGCUGUUUCCAGCUUGGUAGAAGCUGGAGCGAACGGUGCAAGCAACGCUGCUGAGGCGUCCGAAGAUGCGGACAUGGUGAUUUCAAUGCUUCCCUCAAAUCAGCACGUUCUAGAGUGUUACACGGGAGAGAAUGGCAUUUUGAAUUCGGUUCGAAAUAACGCACUGCUAGUGGACAGCAGUACAGUCGAUCCAGCCAUCUCUGAAGAAGUUGGAAUUAGGGCUAAGAGAUCAGGAGUGCGAUUCGUAGAUGCUCCGGUAUCUGGGGGUGUCAACGCAGCGAGUGCGGGAACCCUGACCUUCAUGGUGGGAGGUUCGAAAUCUGAUUUCGAAGAUGCAAAGCAGGUUCUUACAGCAUUAGGAUCCAGGGUGAUCCAUUGCGGUAACAUUGGUACCGGUCAGGCAACGAAACUCUGCAACAAUAUGCUCUUAGCGAUAUCGAUGAUCGGGACAGCGGAGGCUUUCAAUCUUGGAGAGAGGCUUGGACUGGAGCCGAAGGUAUUAGCUUCGGUGAUAAAUUCAAGCUCCGGUAAAUGCUGGUCUUCCGAAUUGUAUAAUCCGGUUCCCGGGGUCGUUGAAAAUGUUCCCAGCAGUAAUGAGUACAAGGGAGGAUUCGGAACAGCACUGAUGACGAAAGAUCUAGGCCUUGCCCAGUCAGCUGCAACCCGGACGGAAGCUUCGAUCCCCUUGGGAUCCCUUGCUCAUCAGAUUUACCGAGCUACGAUGGGGCACGGAUUUGGAAAGCAGGACUUUAGUGUCGUGUAUCAGUUUCUGAAGGGCAAAUAUUAGAUCAGUUAGAUACGGGAUUAGUUGAUAUUGAAUAAAAAAAAAAAUUCAAGCGAUUCCAGCAUCUGUGAAUUACAUGCGUAUAUCACGAAUUUAAGACGGACAAAAUACAAGAUUAGGAAGGCGUAAAAAUAUUUUGUUUUUUAUUGUAAGUGCAUUUACAUUCAUAAGUCAUCUCAUUUCAAAUUGAUGCAAUCAUUGUAAACAUUUUCAUACAUCGAUUGGUGAUUAUUGACAUGUUUACGGAAAACCGUUUUUAUUUGCAGAACGGAAUUAAUAAUAAUAAUUAUGGUGAUGACGAUGAUGAUGACGAUACACCCACAAGGUGUAACGCACGCUUUAGCGCAGGGCUGUAUCAAUGAAAAUCGUAAUGAAUAAAAACAUCGUCAUUCUGUUUUAAAAGGA